AUGUCUCACGCCGAGAAAACGCAAUACGAUUCGUUCGCACCCAAGUAUGCUUCUGUGGAGGAGUUGCCCUGUUCCAAACUUGAGGGCCAGCUUGUGAAGAAUGCUCUGGGGGAUUGUACGGGUUUGAAGGUGCUAGAUCUUGGUGGAGGAAGUGGACUUCAUGCCCGAAGAGCGAUUGAUGCUGGGGCUAGUGUUGUUGAUGUCGUUGAUAUUUCACCCGAGAUGAUGAAAGCUGGUGAGGAGAUUGAGAAGAGUCUCGGGCGAAAGGAUCGAAUUCGUUGGUUCGAGGCUGAUGUCACCAAACCCGUCACGGAGCAAGUCAAGUUGGAAGACGGUUACGAUAUUGUCAUGGCCAAUUGGGUUUUCGAUCAUGCUUCCUCUGUCUCAGAUCUGAGAAGCAUGUAUGAAAAUGUCGUCAAGAACCUGAAGCCUGGGGGCAAGUUCAUCGGCGUGAGGUCAAAGAGCAUCCGCGCCGAGUACAUGAGCCAGGGCAAAUACGGUGUCACCUUCACGGAUGUCACUGAGAUCCCGGGCGGCUUGAGAUACCAAGUCAAUUGCGUGACCGAGCCGCCGUUCUCAUUUGAGGCUACUUCAAUGGAAUCGACUUUCUCGCUUUCUGAUGACAUCGGAAAGGAACUCGGACUGGUUGAGAUACAUGUUGCCCCGGCCGAAGAGACGGAGCUUGUCAAAAACGACCACGAGUUUUGGGAGGAGUAUCUCAACGAUCCCAACUUUGUCGUCGUAGUGGCUAAGAAAGCGUAG